AUGGAAAAUGAGAGUCAACCCUCUUUACAAGCCCAGGCAAGGCUGCUGAAACACUCACCUGUACGCUUGUCUGCAGUUUUUGAGAACAUUUCAGAAACUAGAACUUUUAUUGGUAAAUCCCUUCAGCCAACACGACCUGUUCGUCAUCUGUCUUCUAAAGAAGCAUCAGCCAUUGUGUUAAACCUUCCAACUGAAUUACCUAGCAACACUGAAGUAUGUGUGAAGAGUGAGGUUGGCUGGUCACCUGAAAUGACUGAAGUGAAGAUCUUAACUCAAACCACGAUGCUGUGUCAAGCAAAACAGCAUGAAUCAGAAACAAAGAAAGAAAGGAUCAAAUACAGCAGAGAUUUCCUUCUGAAACUUUCAAGUGUUUCUCUUUCAAAGAAGAAGCCUGCGUUUCUUCCUGAUCAUCCAAUUGUACUUGAAAAACCAGAAAAGAGCAACACUUUUAUUGGCAUGCAAGAAGUGACAGGUUGUUUGGAAGAUGAGAAAUCCAUCAAUGAAAGAACUACGUAUGAUGCAGAUCUUUAA